AUGCUGACGGCCGCCCUGCUCCUGCUGCUGGUGCUGCUGGCCCUGGCCGUGCUGGGGGGCAGGCGGGGGGCCUGCGGGGGGGGCGGCUUGAGCGCCCUGCCUGGCCCCUGGGCCCUGCCCCUGGUGGGGGGGCUGCCCCCCAUGCUGCACCCCGAGCUGCCCCUGCACCUGCUGGAGCUCGCCCGGCGCUAUGGGCCCGUCUACCGGCUCCGCUUCGGGGCCAAAGACGUGGUGGUGCUGAACAGCGUGGACUCCAUCCGCCAGGCGCUGACCCAGAAAUGGUCCGAUUUCGCCGGGCGCCCCUCCAGCUUCGUUGCGGAUCUCAUCUCCCUGGGGGGCCACGAUCUGUCCCUGGGUGACUUCACCCCCGGCUGGCGGCUGCAGCGCAAAGUGGCUCACUCGGCCCUGGCCCGCGCCCAGCGCCUCCAGCUGGACCCGGUGCUGGGGGCCCAGGCGGCCGCGCUCUGCCAGGUUUUCCGUAGCUAUGGGGGGGCCGCUGUGGACGUGGCCCAAGAUUUCUCGCUGCAGACGUGUCGUACCAUCUGUGCUAUGGCCUUCGGCCCCAUGAUGCCGGACGCCGCCGCCACCCGGGACAUCCACGACUGCAUCACGGAGCUGGUGGCGCUGUGGGGCCGGGGCGCCGUGCGGGCGCUGGACGCGCUGCCCCUGCUGAGGGUGUUCCCCAGCGGGGCCCUGCGGCGGCUCCUGCGCCAGGUGCGGUUCCGAGACGCCUUCGUCCGGGCCCAGAUCCAGCGGCACCAGGGGGACCCCACGGCCGAGGGGGGGCUCACCCCGGAGCACGUUCACAUGGCGCUCGUCGACCUCUUCAUCGGGGGCACCGAGACCACGGCCGCCCUGCUCACCUGGGCUGUGGCCUUCCUCCUGCACCACCCCCAGGUCCAGGACGGGAUCCACGCGGAGCUGCAGCGGGUGCUGGGCCCCGAGCGCCCCCCCAGCUAUGGGGACCGGGACCGGCUGCCCCUGCUCAGCGCCACCAUCUCCGAGACGCUGCGUUUGCGCCCCGUGGCGCCCCUCGCCCUGCCCCACAGAACCACGCGGGACACCAGCCUCCUGGGCUUCACCAUCCCCAAGGGAACCACCGUGAUCCCCAACCUCUUCGCCGCCCACCACGACAAGGGCACCUGGAGCCGCCCCCUGGAGUUCAGGCCAGAGCGGUUCCUGGAGGCGGACGACCCCCGGCUGGCCCAGCGCAACCUGGUGCCCUUCAGCUGUGGGGCUCGGGCCUGCCUGGGGGAGACGCUGGCCCGGGCCGAGAUCUUCGUCUUCCUCGGGCACGUCCUGCGCGAGUUCCGGCUGGAGCCGCCUGCGCCCGGCGCCCUCCCGUCCCUGCGGGGCCUGUACGGCACCGUGGUGCGCUGCCCGCCCUUCCGCGUCCGCGUCCUGCCCCGGGGGCCCCUCCCCGAGCCCCCAGUGACCCCAUAGCCCCCCCCCGGCGCCCUCCCGUCCCUGCGGGGCCUGUACGGCACCGUGGUGCGCUGCCCGCCCUUCCGCGUCCGCGUCCUGCCCCGGGGGCCCCUCCCCGAGCCCCCAGUGACCCCAUAGCCCCCCCCCCCGGCGCCCUCCCGUCCCUGCGGGGCCUGUACGGCACCGUGGUGCGCUGCCCGCCCUUCCGCGUCCGCGUCCUGCCCCGGGGGCCCCUCCCCGAGCCCCCAGUGACCCCAUAGCCCCCCCCCCGGCGCCCUCCCGUCCCUGCGGGGCCUGUACGGCACCGUGGUGCGCUGCCCGCGCGUCCGCGUCCUGCCCCGGGGGACCCUCCCCGAGCCCCCCGAGCCCCCAGUGACCCCAUAGCCCCCCCCGGCGCCCUCCUGUCCCUGCGGGGCCUGUAUGGCACCGUGGUGCGCUGCCCGCCCUUCCGCGUCCACGUCCUGCCCCGGGGGCCCCUCCCCGAGCCCCCCGAGCCCCCAGUGACCCCAUUGCCCCCACUGCUGCCCUUAACCCCCCCGCCACCCCUGGGACCCCUGCUGAGCCUCCUGUGAGCCCCUGCGCCUCAAAGCAGCGCCCUGGGCCCCGUCUCCCUCAUUCCCACGGGGCUGCGUCUCCCACACAGCGCCCGUGUGAGGUGUCGUGUGAAACCCGUGAGCUGCUGAGACCCGCUGGCCUGUCCCAACGUGGGCCGCGUUGGGGUGCAGGGAGCUGUGAGCUGCUGCUGUGGGGGGGCUACUGGGACCGGCGGCGACCCACCCCCAGGCGGGCGCUCCUCGACCCUGAGGCCUGCCCGAGCCCCAUGCGCCGGGGCGGGGCUGCUCUGCGACCCGGGUGCACGAGGCCAGGCCGGGGGAUCGCCCGGCCCCGGGACUCAGCAAAGCCCGUCGGGACGUCCGGGCGAGUGUCGUAGGCACAGGGGCCGAGGGCAGAAACGAGGGGACGGGGCCUCAUGCGUUGGCCCUUCUUCUCCCCCGGCCACGCGGCCCCUGGGCAGACAAAGCCUCUGACCGAGGAGACUGGCCCCAGGCUGCAGGGAGAGGCCCGGGUCCCGUGGGGCGAGAGAACGGGUGAGCCAAGCCCGCCUGCGAGGAGCCGUCAGCUGUAGCCGGUGCGCUCACCGGGCGUUCGCUUAGGUAACGAGCGCGGCCCUGCGGCUCACCGCCUCCCGUCUCGCUCUGGCGUGAAUAAACCUGGUUUCUAUUGUCCCUAAAACAGGGGGUUUGCUCGGCGAGCUCGGGGUCUCCG